AUUUCUUUUGCUUUCUUUGCAUGUCUCUGAGAGCUCUGGCUCCUCCGUCGGAGCCCUAGCCCAUUGAUCCCUUCCAAACCCUAACCCUAACCCUAGAUUUUUCCGAUGUCCAAGGUCUGGGGUGGCGUAGGCGCGUGGGCGCUGGAUGCCGAGCGCGCAGAGGCGGAGGAGCAGGAGCGUGCGGCUUCUGAGGCCUCGAAUCCUCCCGUUCUUGCUGGCCAACCGGCUCAGAGCUUCCCUAGCUUGAGGGAAGCUGCAUCGUCGAAGCCUAAGAAGAAGAAGGCUGUUACUACCAUGUCUCUUGCCGAGUUCACCACUAGCGCUUACCCUGGACCUGGCAGCGGCAGCAGCGGCGGCCGGAGGGAUGCGGCGAUCGAGCCUAAGGGACUCACCCAUGAUGAGAUGCUUCGACUUCCUACUGGCCCUCGUGAGCGCUCUGCUGAUGAGAUUGAACAAGGCCGGCUUGGCGGUGGGUUCCGUUCGUAUGGAUACGGUGCGGGGUCGCGUGGUGGGGGAGGGUUCUCUGGUGGUGGGAGGAGAUCUGAUGACGGGGAUGGAAGGAGGGGAUUUGGUGGGGGUUUUGAUGAUGAGCAACGGAGGGGACCGCCGAGUAGGGGUUCGGAUUUUGAUCAGCCAUCGCGGGCGGAUGAGGUGGAUAAUUGGGCUGCCGGGAAGAAAUCCUCUGGCUUUGGCCUGCCGUCUGGGGAUUCGGGACGGUCGGACCGGUAUAGCAUGCUUGGAACCGGCGGUUCUUCUAGGGCUGAUGAUGUCGAUAACUGGUCUGCUGGAAAAAAGGUACUUCCGGCUAGGAAUUCCAGCUUCGGAUCUGGAUUUAGGGAAAGCGCUGCAUCAGCAUCUGAUGCUGAUCGAUGGAUCAGGGGAGGAGGUAGCGGUGGUUCAGGAUUCUCAAACAAUGGUGAUCGGGGCGAAAGACCAAGGCUUGUCUUUGAUCCUCCCAAGGGUUCUGUUGGUGCACCUGUGCAGUCUCCUGUGAAGACUCGGCCGAGCCCCUUUGGGGCUGCCAGGCCGAGGGAGGAAGUUCUUGCUGAAAAGGGUGUGGAUUGGAGGAAGAUGGAGUCUGAGAUCGAGGUUAAGACUAGUAGGCCAACAAGCUCACAUUCCAGCAGACCUUCUAGUGCACAAUCAAGCAGGCCUGGGAGCCCUGGAUCUCAGACAUUGGCAGCAGGGGCGUCAACUAUUGUUGGAGCUAUCAAACCACGCCCAAAGGUGAACCCUUUUGGUGAUGCCAAGCCACGGGAGGUUAUCCUAGAGGAGAAAGGGAAGGACUGGAAGAAGAUUGAUCAGGAGCUCGAGCAUCGCAGGGUCAACAGGCCUGAGACACAGGAAGAAAAGGUGCUGAAAGAAGAGUUGAGACGUCUGAGGGACACACUUAUCAAGGAAAGCAAGGGUAAUUCAGAUGGUGAGUCUGCACAAAUUUCUGCUGAUGAGCUCAAAGGUCUUCAUGAGCAGGUACUUCAAAAAGAGAGGGAACUAGAGUUGCUCAUUCGCGAGUUUGAUGACAAGGUUCGGUUCGGUCAAAAAGCUACCAUUGACAUGAGACCUGGUUCUGGAUCUGGAAGAACUGUGUCAUCCUUUGACAGACCACCUUCUCAGUCUGGCAUCUCUGAGGAGCAAAGGAUAACAGAUUAUGGUGAGAGGCCUCGAUCCCGUGGGGGCAUGGGUGAUCAUUGGUCCAAGCCGGCGGAUGACAGACGAUUUCAAGUUGCAAAGGAAAGAGGUUUUCCUGGGAAUCGCAAUGUGGACCGGUCAAAGUCGCGGGAGAGAUGGUGAAACAUGCUGCAUCAAUUCGUUUGUUGAUUUGAUACAGAAAUCAAAAUAAUGUUGUUUUUAUGUUUUUGUUUUAACACCAACAGUUGGUAAGGUAUCAUGACUGCGGCACAACCCUUUUUCUCAUCUUUUUCUCUUUUUGGUUUUUUCGCUACCUUGAUGUGGUGUAAUGUUCGAAUUUUCCAUGUCAAGGGGACUGACAGUUAUUAUGCUCUCA